GAGAGAGAGGGGUGUUUCUAACUGGGAACAGAGCAGGCACUGUUUCAUAUUACACACACAGAGAGAAAGAGAGAGAAAAUCCCAGCCACUCUUGCUUUUCUUGACGUUUGGUUGGGUUUAUGGAGCCUCCGAGUCGACAGAAUGAAACUCUCCACUGUUGUGAUAGUUCUCCUGACUAGGGCUCUUAUUGGAGAGCUGGCUGCAGCAUUAAAUGUGACCGUCACCCCGGGGCCCGUCAGCAUGUGUAUGGAAGGAGACAACAUCACGCUGUCCUGUUUAGUAUCUCAAAAAAAGAGAAGCAGCAGUCUGCUGGUGCUCCGCUGGCUCUACCUGCCCACCCCUGAAGACGAACACCUCGUGGUCCGGAUGGGCAUGAAGAAAGCCAAGUAUUAUGGCAACUACAGCAAACGCUUUCCCCAGACCAAAUUUCUUCUUUGGGAGGAGAUGGAUGGCCAGAUCUUCCGUCUGAUGAUCUUGAAUGUGACCACAGAGGAUGGAGGCAACUACACGUGCAAAGUGCAGGAAAUACGGAAGCACAGAAAUAAAUGGAGGUCCUCUGCAAAUGGAACGGGGAGCAUGGAAUUACGAGUACAUCAUAUACCAAGCACAAGAACAACUGAUGUCAUAUGGCGUAUGUUUGAAGAUUUAUACCUGUGUGCGGUGCUCAUCUGUUCCAUUGGACUCAUUUGUAUAUUUGUUUUUGCCAUGACUAUCACAUGUCAGCAUCUACAGCAAAAACGAAGACUACAAGCCAGUUAUUACCUAGUAAAGUGCCCAGAAAAUAGCUCUGGAGAAACAGUAACCAGUGUGGCCAGCUCCUCUCCUGCAAUGCACAGAAAGGAGAAAAGACACAAACCAGAGUUCAGAGAUAUCACUUCACUACACUAUAGUACUACACCCGUAUCAGCACCACAGAUACCAGCGAAAGCACCUGUACCAAGGAAGCCACGUAGAACAAAACUUUUAAAGCCACAACAUACAAAGACUCACAUGUCAAGGGUGGCAGACGACAGCCUGACCUAUGCAGAACUGGAGCUGGUUAAACCAAAGCCGGAGCUGAAAACAGAUUCCACCGGAUGCCCACAGCUCGAGUCCAACACAAACUGCAUGGGAACAGUAUAUGCCCAAAUACUCUUUGUUGAGAAGCAAGUGUAAAUAUGUAUUUUAAGAGAUUCAUACCAAAAUUAUUUAUGAGAUUUUAAAUAUUUUGUACCUAUACGUAUUGGUGUUCUGGUAUUUUACGUGUACUAGAUUACUAGUAUAAAAUAUGUUUAAGCAACACCAUGUUUUGUACUGAUACACAGUAUAUUUCGGCACAUUUAUGUCGCAUUUAUGUAAAAUUUGAGACCCGUCUUUUUUAACAAAAACACUGUUGGAUUUAACCAAACAUGCAUAAUUGUUUAUGCAGUUUUGUAUGAGAGAUGUAUUUUGAUAUGUGGAAAUAAAAACAA